CCUGCUGAUAUCUUGCCCACUGAAUGAAAGCAAUACCAGUUACAGAAUCAAACACACAAAAAUAUUAUAUAGAAAAUUACAGUUCAGAUCGAAGAGAAACAGACGCAAAAACUUAAAGCCUGGAAUUACCUUGUGGACAUGGAUAAGUCACUGCUUGUGAUUGGAUUCUUUUGCCUUACUUUAAGUGCUAUUAAUGCACAGACGGGAUCCGAACUUCCUGCGAUUGGUGUCCUUGCAGCUUUGGGAAUUUCAGCUGGAGCGGCUAAUACUUAUUUAUUUGCACUAUUCCAACGCCUAAGGCUAGAUUUACAGGAGUGCGAGGAGAAGAUCACCUGUCUCGAAGACUGCAGAGACGAUUUAAUUAAAGUUGAGAGGGAGGAGGAAAAAUGUAGAAAAGAAUGGAGCGAAUGUGAGGAAGCAUAUUUUAAGGUGCAGAGUGAGCUUGAAAAUACAAGGGCGGAUCUUAAGGAGUGUGAGUUUCUAAGGAAUCUUUGUCGUGUUCAUAAUGAUGAGUGUUCCUGUGCAGAAUAUACUAAUCGAGUUGAUUGCGAGGAGGACCUUGGGUGCGAUUGGCAAAGUGACUUUUGCACAACUGCCGGCUUUGUAUUACCUGCUUAGCUCUACUUUUAAAAGGAUGUACAGUAAAAUAUGGUUAAAUCAGACAUGCAUACACUAAGUAUCAGCUGAUAAUAAAUUAAUUUUCUAACUAAGAAUUAUAAACUUUAAAAAAAUAUUCACUGUAACUAAUUACACAUGCAUGAAAGUAAUUUUGUUUGCUUCAUUCGUUUGUAAUAUUUUCGUAAGUGAAGUGUUCUUCAUUCCGUAAAUAAUCCCCCCUUCCCCCGAAUAAUUGCAGUUCUUAAAAAAAUCAAAAAUCUGCAUCAACUUUCAUAGAAAUGUUUUCCUCUGCUUGUAAAAGGACCUCCUUUUCUUUUUCUUUUUUUUUUUUUUUAAAUCCAAUCUUUGUCAAAAAUAUCUCCGCUUGUUGUGAAAUAAAAAUAUCA